AUGGACGGCGCUAACAUCUCCGGUCUUGUUCAGCGUGUAUCGACGUCACUACGAGCUGGCACAGCGCUGGGCCGGCGUGAUGCCCAGUCACACACAGAGCAGGAGGAGGAUCUUACCUAUGCUGUCCUCAUGGCUGACCUCAUCCCCCUUCUAGCAGUAGCAAUAUACGUCUUGCUAGCUGUAGUCAUUGGCUGGAAGCAUAUUGUCGCGGCGGUGACGAAGGGGCGAGCGUUGUUUGGGAGCUGUCGACGAGGAGGGUGGCCAAUAGCAAGAAAGAGCAGACACAGAGACGCAGAACAGGGGCUUAACCGACACAACAGAUAUCUUGGUAUGGACGUGGAGGCAUACGGGGGAUAUUAUGAGCUGGAGGAGCUUGAACAAGGGGACGAUGAGGACUCUCGGGAGGAGGAGGAGGAGGAUGACAACGAUAACGAAGGUAUAUUCCUAUUACAUUAUAUACAGAGUGGGCAAGCGCCUCAGCAGCAAGAAAGGGACCCGGCGGAACCGGUACACAAACCACCACUUGACGAUAGUCGCCACUCCCUAGACAACAUAAUUACCACGACUUCAAAUGGCAUUUCUAAAUACUUCCAUCCUACCUCUGGGAGACUGAGAGAUGAUAUCGUGCAACCUACUCAAACAAGGCUGGAUAGGAUGCUUGGUGAUGACGAGGAUGAAGGGCAUGGAAACAUUGCUUGGUAUAAAGCGCUCCAAAGAUUUUCAGACAAGUUCAUUCUGAAAGCCCAGGCAUGGCUUGAUAAAGACGAAGCAAAUAUUGAGAGGGUCGAACAUAGGGAGACGUCAAAUGUGUGUGGGGAGAGCAACCGCGUAGUCCGGCAGAUCCUACGCGAACGGCGGGAAGAGGAGGGAUAUAAAGAUGCAGAGGACAAUCUGCACUGA